UAGCCAUUCGUGAUACAAACGUCACCGCUAAGAGAGUGGAAUCGGUCGAACUAGUACAGAACUGUGUCCAAUUGUGAGUCAAUGUGUGUAACGAAGAUGUGAUUAAUAGUUGAUUCUGCUCGGGAAUACAUUGGCUACACCAAACAAACUAUCGAGUGGGCUGUAUGUAGCCGAUUCAGGCCCAGUGCUGUGUAUCGUUUAUAUUCAAUGAGGCAUUCAACCUCUGUCUCACCCGGUGGGACGGAGGCCAGUGAUGAUACAAGCAGUAGUUUGAUUGAAUUUUCAAGUUCCUGUACUUACUGAGAUCAUCAGUAUAUUGUCAUCGUCAUUCUCCCUAUCAAGCGCAAACAAGGCGACGCACUGCGGGAUGAUAUGAAUGGUUCGGCAACUUGGUAUUGCUGCACUCAUUCUACUUAAUGCGGCGCAACUCGAAAAUACAACACUGCGAAACCGUACACAGCUGUUUCGUUUGUCAGAUGUAGAUUAAAUUCAUGCGAAAAGAAGCAGUAAAUCUCGACGACGCGAAGGAAGUAAUUCCGCAGACGUAAUUUUGUACCCUUGAGGCUGGAUUGAACAGAAUGCGCAAAUUGAAAAGCUGCACAAAGUAACACAAAGAUUUCAAUUCAGUUAGCGUUGAUUGGACCGAAAACACGAUCGUCAUGUAUAAAAAUCGGAACGAACCGGGACGGUUCUUCGGCGAUGGAGUGAGCUUCAAGGCCAAACUGAUUGGCAUCCUGGAGGUCGGGGAGGCCAGGGGAGAUCGCAUGUGUCAGGAGGCACUGCAGGAUCUUAAAAUGGCUAUCCGAGCUGCAGGAGAGCACAAACAGAGAAUCACGAUACACGUUACUAUCGAUGGAUUACGAUUGAGAGAUGAAAAAACUGGGGACUCUCUCUAUCAUCAUCCAGUGCAUAAAAUAUCGUUUAUCGCGCAGGACAUGACGGAUUCACGUGCAUUUGGCUAUAUUUUUGGAUCACCCGACAGUGGACACCGGUUUUUCGGUAUCAAAACCGACAAAGCUGCCAGCCAAGUGGUGCUGGCGAUGCGCGACUUGUUCCAAGUCGUGUUUGAACUGAAGAAGAAAGAAAUCGAGCUAGCUCGGCAGCACAUUCAAAGCAAAAUUACGGCACACGAACACCAGGCCGUUGCGAUGUCCGCAAAGAGCGCUAGCGCCGACGGUUACGGCAAAAAUCUGUCUAUUGAUGGAGCCGCUGGGUCUCUAGCUGGAUCUAGUUUAAUCGGCACUGGUAGCUCUAAAGCGAACAUGAAAAAUGAAAAAUCACCGGAAUCUGUAGCCGACCUUGUCGAUCUGGAGCAAGAGCUUAGUUCCAUUCAACGUGGUAUCACUCAAAUGGAAAGGAUAACACCUGGCGAAGUCCCCUCAAAAAGUGUUAUUGAUGACGACCCCUUUGGAGAUUCUUUCACUAACAUUCCGCCGGCCUACAACCUCCUACCACCCCCUGAAUCAAGCAAACGCCAUCAAAAACUAAGUCAUAAAUCAACCGAAAAUCUGCCUGUCGCGGAGUCUGUUACAGCAAACGCAUCUUCAUCCCCACCGGCUCCACCUGCACCAUCGACUCCGGCUGCACCAACUACUAUUUUUUCACCUCCACCGGUCAGAGCAAUGCCAGGUCCCGCACCGCCAACAAUGUCUACGAGCAACUCAGCCCAAAACGAUGAUUGGCUUAACUCACCACCUAAUACGUCACGUUUCGAUCCCGAUCCAGUGAAAUACUCGGACGAGCUAAAUCUCAAAGAUUUAGACGAUGGAUUCAAGCAGUCCCUGUCGAAUGCACCUCAACCGUCAUCCUACACGGAUGUCUUCACCGACUUAGAUCCACUGGGGACGGGAAAAAUCAAACCAUAUAUCGAUAAAAAGUAUUUCUUCCAAGAGCUGAAGAAUCCACCGAAAAAGGUACUGAAAGAUCUGUCUGGCAUAGACAGUACAUUCAACGCUAACUUUUCUGCUGAAGAUCAACAACGACAAUCGCCACAAACUCUUCCGCCUAGCACAAACCUGACGGAUUCUGGUAGCGACGAAAUGUUCAAAUCAUCACACGACAACAAACCGGGAGAAUUAUCGGGAACAGAUUUCCUUGACCCGUUUGCCAACAAGGUUGUAGAUCCGUUUAUGGAAGAUGAAGACUUUUCUAAACUUCACAUAGAUCCAUUCGAUAUGAAGUUUUCUCGAACAACCUCUCCAAGGCAAGCAGACGGUAGAACGGUGGACGAUAGGACAACGAGACUUACUACACAGCAGAAUGACGUGAAAACAGAUGAAAGCCCUGUCGCAUAUAACGGUCCGCUUCAAGUGACUUUACCCCCGGAAAGCUGGGCAAGUUAUAUCAGCCAGAAACGUCUCGAGCGACAGAAUUCCGAUUCAAACAGUUCGGCAGGAGCAGGGUUUACCAGCACAGCUAGAAAUCGUCCAAACGUGUUCAAACAGAACACUGUCGAUGUGAUCUCGAGUAUCAGUAACAGCUCGAAAAAGAUGAAACCGAACCUGUUCGGCCAAAAGUUUUCGAAGAGAGACUCAAACAGCAUAAACAUGCGCCGAUUGCAGGAAAGCGAUUCUUUAAGUGAAAACGAAGCUCCAGAGCCUCCUCCACGGCCUGAUUCUGGAUCGCACAUUGAGCCACCUCCGUUACCUCCAAAGAAACAAUUUGCUGACAUUGUGAUACGACCUACUCCUCGAUCUGGUCCAACUGUUUCUUCCGGUUCACAAGGAUCAGAAAGUUCCAGCAAGGAACGAUAUGAAUUUGUCGGUUCUAAAUUUGAGCUUAGAAACCAGUCUGCUAAUGAAAACGCUCCUCCAUUGCCAUUGCCAUCAAGGAAAGUAAACAGGAGUGAAGGAUCUUCGCCUGGGCGCCCAUUCAGAAGAUUGAACGAAGAAGACGAUUAUCUUCAACCGAUCACAGUAAGAUCGGAGAUUCCGACACUGUUACCUCCACCGCAACGCAAGGAUGCUUCGAAAACAAGAGCCGCACGCAAAUCUGAAACCGAUCCACGCAAUCUCGAUGAACCGACACCUCCGGCAUACUCCAAGUCUCCUACAUACAGAGAUAAAGAAUCUCUUCUGCCGGAUAUCACACUCAGUCAAUUAUUAACACUAGGCAUCGAUGAUUUGGCUACUAAAUUAAACGUUCCGGUGACCAAGUUGAGCACAAUGACCUUGGUUGAACUAACAUCGUAUCUGUCUGAGUUUAUAGAAAAUACUAAAAACUCACCUUCCUCGGCAGCAUCGUGGAAUCAGGAAGCAGACAAUAAUGAUUCUCCGGUGUUCAAGGUGAAUUUUGAAGAACAAAAUGAUGCAACCUUCGUUGCCAAGUUCGACGACAACUUUGGCGAAGAUAGCACGUUUGUGGCCAACUUCGAUAACCUGAAUCUACAACCAUCGCAGUCCACGACACGCCCAUCAGCCGUUCCAGUUGUUGAUAAGUAUGCUGUAUUUCGGGAAAUCAUUGAGAAGGAAAUUGGUCCAUCUCAGGAACAACAAAAGACUGAAUUGGAACGAGCCGUAUCGGAUAUGGCUUCGUUAGAUUUCGACAAAGAAGUCGCUAGUGAAAUGAACCGGCUCUCGCCAAAUAUGAACGUGGACCAAUUUGUACCGUCACCAUCACAGUCGCAAACAUUUACGGCAAAUAGUCCUCUCUCGGUACCGAUGACCAAAAUCGACACCAAGAUUACUGAAGUCAUUUCACACGCCAAAGAUCGAUAUGCAGCUUUGAGAGAUAUCAUACUGGUAGAGGAUCUUUUUGAGAAACCAACACCGCCUCCGUCUGCUGCUACAGCACCAAUAGCACGGAUGGAGUCUUCUUCAUUUGAGGAUCGCGAUACAGAAGAUGAGCACAAAUUUGAAGCUAACUUUGACGACAUGCCGCAAAAUGAAAAUCAUUCCCCGGAGAUUAAUAUUUCGGAUGCAGAGUAUCCUCCACAACACGCCCGAUCAUCUCUAUCAGGUCUUGAACCCCCAGAUUCGCACAGUCUAAGCUCUCGCAACACACCGAAGGAAGAUCUGGAAAUCGAUGCAUUCAUGCAGAAAGCAGUAUCAAAUUUGUCCCUCCACAGUACCGGGCAGCUAUCACCGGCCCAACAAAUGGUCGGUGGCCUUAUAGUAAAAUCGCCUCAUCCUCCAAGCACAGCAACACCCCUAGGUCGACCAACGUUAUCAAAGUCACCCCUAAUCGCUGGAGCUGCCGCAGACUCUAGUCUACACCCUCAGAACAUUUCAGUGGAAAGUCUAACGAAGGCAACGCUAAACGACAUGAGCACCUCACCGAUUCCACUGUCGAAAUCCCCCGUUAUAAAGACUUCACCAAACACAAAGUCACCAUUAGACAGGGCGUUCAAUGAGAUAACUGGCGAAGGUGAAAUUAUAAAGAAGAUCGAUUCGUUACAGAAACGAUCGUCUGGAUCUCUCAGUGACGUUGACGAAUCUUCUCCAGAAGCGGAACUUAAACAGGCCUCGAAGCUGACUCCAACCAACACUGGUGAAUCCUGGGCAGUGUUUGAUCAGUCCGUACCUCCAGCGGGACCAAAGAAACCGGAAAGUGGCCGUCAACCCAGAGGUAUUGACAAAAAUGGUCCCGAAUCACCCUGCUCAUCUGAGCCGAAAGACGAAUGGAAAACCGAUCGCGAUUACGGUCGACGUUGGCCGCACAAGGGACAAACUUCGUCCUCAUCGAGAGACGUUUCACCGUGGGACGAGGAUGGUCCGGAGUUUCGUAAACGACCACCAAGCCAUCAUCCUCCAACAUCUGGUGAACGGUAUCACCAUCCAAGGAUGCCCCCUAGGCGUAUCAAUUCCAACGAAGAAGAUUAUGAAGAUGAUAAGAAAGAUCGCGGCGAUCGACGGCGUCGCAUGAAAGGUCAAAUCAGCUCCCGGAGUCGCGAGAACUUCGAAGACGAGCACUGGUAUCACGAGCAUCCCAGCUGGUCACCGACGGAGGACGAUGAGCGACCAGAUCGAUCCAGAUCCUUCGACAGAAACGUUUACGAGCGGAGCACCUAUGGACCACCGUAUGAGAAACGGGAACCGAAAAGUUUACCACAGUAUGAUAGACGGGAUUAUAAGAACUACGACAAGAGGAAGUAUUAUAGGGAGAGAGGUAGACCCAACUAUGAGUAUGAUCCGUACAGCGAAGGAUAUGAUCAGCGAAUGAUGAAAGGUCGAGUAAAUUACGAAGAUGUGUAUGAGCGGGGUCCGCGUGAUGCGAGGGUUUCUCGCGAGUAUUUUUACGAACGGGAACAGAAAAGUUUUGACCGCGACAGUAACGAAUCUUAUGAACGAAGGAGCUUUGGUAGCGGAGAUAUCUAUGGGAGUUUGGAUAGUCGGGGAGAUUAUCGUGAAAGAGAUCGCUACUUAUCGUUGGAUAAAUCACGCCCAUUACGACGUGGGAUGCGGAAUGCGGGUAGUGCAAGGUUAGAUGAUCCUGACCAGGAUUCAGAGGGUGAUUUGAUUGGCAUCAGGCGAAAUGAUGCUAGUAGUAUACAUCGUUCUAGUCAAAAUAUUCGCAGUAAACAACAUCAGGUAGUAGACGACGAGGUUUGGGGCGUGUCAAUGGGUGGAAAACCAGGCUGGAAAAGGCCUUCCAGUGCAACGGAACAGGAACGACGGUACAAUGAGAGCAGGAGAAUGAUGUUGAAUACAUCUCUUGCGGGCUCCGAUGGUGAGAAAGAUCGUCGCUUCCGGAAGAAGAGUAGAACUCGCUCUAAAGAACCGGAUACAAGACCUGGUUAUGCCACUAUGCGUUAUCCACCACGGUCAAAAGAAGACUAUUUUGACUAUGAGGCUGACGUACGGGGAACUGGUAGUGGUGGUGGAGUAUACGACAAUGAUGAUGAGGAGGAUGAGGAUAUUGGCGGUAGUAAAAUGGCGGGAGGAGGCAUGGACGAGAGUCCUUCAUACUAUGGAAGACGACAACCUCCACCACCGCAUUACAAACCGACAACUCCCCGAUCGGAAGGAAGAAAUCUCAACGAUUCGCUCAUAGCGCAGGAAGCGAAGAAAAUGGCUCGUUAUGAGUACGAGGAAGAGGCGAUGCGGCGAAUGAAGAAGAGCAACAGUCGAGAUCUGUACUUCGAGGGAGAGGACAAAGAACGUUUCAGCGGUAAGUUCGGUUCGGGUAAUUUCGAAACAGUAACACCGCCUAAAAGUGGUAAACAUGUGCGGAUGGAGUUUGAGUUCGAUCAGUUCAGUGACACUCAUCAGUCAAAUUGUGAGGGCGGUGAUGGAUUUGAAAGUGAUUUCAACUCUCCAACAGCUCCACCUUCCGGAGUGACUCAGGGUCCUCAUCAAAGUAGCAAAUCAUUCCGGUUUUCGAGUGAUUUCUCGGAAAAGGAUUCCGGUCGGCAUUAUCAAAAUCUACAGCAUAGAAAUCAACCUCAAGGAUUCAGUGGCUUCGAAGCAGAUUUUACUGCACCGUCAAGAGUAGCACCAAGUUCUCAGGCUGCUUCGAAGCUACGAUUCAGUGAGAACGUUACCGUUUCCAAGUUCAACUCGGAAACUAACACAGCCGGGACACAUAUGUUCGAGGAUGAUUUCGCUGGCCGUUCCGACAACGAGCUGGAAGAUCAAUGGACACCUGACAUGCAUGCUCCGGUGACCGGUAUGAACGGUAGCAAAAAGAUACUGAAAACUUCUAGCCAACCGCAGCCCCAACCGCAGGAUAACAUUCGGAAGUCGGACAGUGUCAACAUUUUUGCCAAAAAGGUUGAAGAUCCGUUCGAGGAUGACGAUUUCUUCGCAUCGGGAGGCAGCACCGGAGAAAAAGAUCCAUUCGAGGGAACAGCCGCUAAGAGCCGAGCUGACGCGGGCGGUCAGUCUGAAUCCGCUGCCGGUCAGUCCGGGUGGGACAAGAACUUUGCAAACUUUGAUGAUAACAUCUGAUUACUCGGCAGCCUGAUGAUGAACAGUAACAUACUCAGUCGUCAGCUCAACCGCAGUCUCAGCCAGCGUCAGCAAUAUCAAUACUGUUGCCAAAGCGAACAACAGCGAUACUCGCUUGCAAAGGAUAUUAGAAAGCUUUAUAUGCGCAUCAAGCAUUUCAAUAGGUACGAGGUAUUUGUUUAGGCUUAAUGAGUUGUUAACUUUUAGCAUUGGUAGCCGACUGAUUUAGAUUUAUUUCGUCGUGGAAAGUCACCUUGCUAGUUGUAUCAUAAUUUAUUGUGCAAUUUGUACACUUCAUCUUCUUUCAAUUCGCGCACUUAUUCGUUUUCGAAAGAGAAUAGCAAAAUCGGUUGUACAACGAUCUCUGUAGAAAUAUUACUAAGAAUUAUGGAAAUCAGUUUUCAGGAAGAAACUAAAAUUUUAAGAAAAAAUAUUCACUUUCCGCGACUUGUUUAUAUUUCAAAUGUGGAAGUGAAAUUGAGCAAGGAUAAAUUGUGAGCAUGUUUCUUUUCAAUUUGCCUGCAUAACAUUUCUAUUGUUUGACGACUACUACACGAAGGCGUUUGUUACGCCAAUGCUUUGAUCAUUGUACCGUCGUUCCACAAUUAACAAUGAAUGUCGAAGGAGCAUGUGUUAGCCAUAAAGUGAUAUUACUCGCAUAGAACCCGUGACUUGUUAUAAAAGUUGGAUGAAUUUUUAAUUUUGUAUCAUUACAAUUGGCUCGACAGUCCGAUGCAUUUUAAGGAAGAUCCCGUAUGGUCAUUAAAUAGAGUUGUUCAAUGUAAAAAAAUCUCUCCCGUUAAGCUAUUAUAUAAACAAUCUCAUCUUAAGGUUGAACUAACCGGAACUAUGAACAGCAUGCCACCUGCAAUAAAUAAAAUCAUUGAAAUCGGUGUCUUUUGUGAUAAAUUGUAUUGUUUUGAUGACACUGUAAAAUGUAUUUCGAGGAAAAUCUCUAGUCAUUUCCAUUCAAUUCAUAUCGAUUUUCUCCUACUACUUUAGCUACUUGGUUGUUUUGCGGUUGUCACCAUAAAAUAAUAUUUACACCAAUCCACGAUGAAGUCUGUUCAGGUUGUGUUACAUCCAAUCGCAAGAAAAUAUUAAUUUUAGCAUUUACUCUCCCUAUCAAAUACACUGCACACAAAACUAGACAGAGCACUAGCAAAUAUGUUUAAAAUGUAAACCGAAACCGAAACGAAACAUUUUAUCUUAAGAAAAUAAAUAGUUGGGAUUCAAAUCGUAUCACACUUAUCAAAUAUUACAGCAUUCUAGGCAAAUCGCUGCCACUGGCUUGGACAAACAGUUGAUCUAACAGAAGUCAGUAGUCAGGGUGAACACUAAUUGAACAGAAUAGUAAAUGAACAAAAAACACCACGAGCAAAAUAUUGAUUUUUUCAUAGCUAGAAAAAUGUUUUAAGUUAAUAACUGAUUAUACAAUGCUUCAUCAGACCACUAGAAAAGUAAUCGAUUGGUGUUUUUAUGUAAGAAGAACCAAGGCAUAUAAUAAGCUUAGACUACUUUCAGUAGCUACGCUUUGUGUUAGUUCGGUAAAUGAGAAUACUCUUAGUUCUAAAUUCAGCAUCACAAUUUUGUUCUCGUUCUUCUACAAGGAACGAUUUUUCCAUAUCUUCCGUUGGACAGAGGGCAGCUCCUUAAUCGCGAGAAGUCGUGAUAGUUCCUACCAUGUCAGCACAUAUGCGCUUUCAAACAGCGAGAACGGAUGUAGUGUACACUAAUAAAAACUGAAAGCAAAUUCCCAAUUCUCAUAUAAUUAAUGCAAUUAUUCAUUCGUUCGCUGUUUAAAUGUUGAUAAGCUACUCAAAUCAAGAGACAAAUGCCAUGCAACUCCAGAAAUGCCAAGUCUCUGGAAUAUCAAAUUUCAACACACGAACGGUGAUCGAAUACAUUUUAUUAUCAACUUUAUUAGUAAUUUUGCAAUUUAAUUUAGACUAUUAAAGCUAACUUGUUUGAUCCAAGCAGUUUGUCAAUGUGUUGAUAUUAUUGCACUGUGCAUAACAGACGAAAAUCAGAAUAAGAAUUUUAAACACAAUUUACAAACGUUAUGUAAAUUUGCUUUGUAUAUUUUUGUAAAAUAUUUAUUGAAUUAUACGUUAAUGAUAAAUUGUAAAAUCAUAUAAAUGUAAUUAAUAAAUUAAUACAGAACAAAAUCCAAUUAAUAUUAACUGAAAUUCACGUAGAUGUUUAUUAUUAUAAGCAUAAAUCAGUUACAAUUAUGAAAAUAAACAAAUGAUGGCGAACAAACGAAGCAAGAUAACAUUUCGUAAUAUAAACCUAAUGUUGAGUUGAGAUUAACCUAAUGCGAAUAAAUAGUAUGUGAAAUUUCAAUCCUUAUCAAA